AUGAUGAUGACGCGCCGUCUGCUGUGCGCCCUGUUGGUGCUUGCCCUGUGCUGCUGCUGCCCGUCCGUGUGCGCGGCAGACACUGAGUUGGAGGAGACUGGAAAUCUUGUUGGAGAACAAGGCGACGGCAUACCGCUUCCUCCACCACAGCCACCAACUGCUAAGCCGGUUGAGGCUAUUGUAAGUGCCCCUAUUCUACCCCCCCGUGCAACAGGAAGACCAGCGGACCCCGGUCAUUCAGAUCCUCCAACAACAGGGUCCGUUGCAAAGCCGGGAGAUGAUGGCGGAGAGAGACCAGGAUCUACCAGUACGGAAACGAAUCCAGAUGACGAAAAAAAUACAGUACAGGCAGAUGGUAAGAAGGGUAAGAAAGGGUCAUCCAGUGACAAGAUACUAUCCGAGGAACAGGCAAAUAGGGAGUCUGAAGAUUCUACAGAGGAGACCACUACGACGACCACAACACAGCCACCAACCACGACCACCACCACUGCGCCAGAGGCACCCAGCACUACGACUACUGAGGCGCCAGCUGUGUCGACCACCCGCGCACCGUCACGUCUUCGCAGAAUCGACGGCAGCCUCAGCAGCUCUGCGUGGGUGUGUGCCCCGCUGCUGCUCGCCGCAUCCGCGCUGGCGUACACCGCUGUGGGCUGA